AAGUAACCUCGAACCCAGACUAAAAGCGAAAUCGAUCAUUCAUACUUUCUGAAAUGGCGGAGGGUCACGUUUAUGAGGUGGAAAGGAUCCUCUGCAAGAGGCAGACUAAUGGCGUGGCUGAGUACCGAAUCAAGUGGAAGGGAUUCCAAAGCCCGGAAUUCGACACAUGGGAGCCGUUAGUCAAUCUGGGUUCAUGUAAACAACUACUGAAACAGUUUGAAGAAAACAACCAGAAGAAUCAAUCCCAGAAGAAGGUGAAGGAGAAAGCAAGAAAAAUUGCACAAGGACUGGUGAAGAAAAGCAAACAGGUGAAAAAUAAGUCAGAGAUGACUUUUAAGGUGAAAACAUGUAAAUCAGACAAGGAGAAUAAGUCUGGAAAAAAGCAAUUACUUAAAUGUGCCUCAGAUGGAAAGAAAGUUAAGAAGCUUAAAGUUGUUAUAGCAAAAAAGGCUUCAUCCAAAUCAGACUGUGGUAAAAAGGCAAAAUCUGCACAGCUGAAGAAAUCUGUCAAAGAUAAAUAUGAGAAGCAGAAAAAGACAGUCAAUCAGGAUAAGUCUAAACACAAGAAAUCUGACUCGAAGGACAAAGUUAAAAAGGUUAAAUUGGAAGGAAGCUGCAAUACUAAAUCAAUAAAACUUCAAAGCACAGGUGAUGUUAAGAAGCUUAAUAUAGGGAAGAAUACAAAAAGUUUCCCCCAAAAGGCCAAGGUUAGUGCAGGCAAUGAUAUAAUGGAAGUGCUAGUCAAGAAAGGGGUGAAGAGAAAACAUGCACAAGAGAUUGAAAUUCACUCUGACUCGGACAGUGAUGAAGAUAUUCUUUAUUCUCUGAAUGACGUGGUUACGGACAUGCCUUGUGUGAAGGGCGAGGUCGCUUCCACGAUGGGAAAUAAUAAACCUAAGGACAAGGUUAAGCAUGGAGACAGGAAAGUUGUGGAGAAGAUGAAAUCGAAGUGGGAGCAUGAUUCGGAUGGUAAAACGGUGAAGCGGCGUCUGUCUUUGAUAGACUCGGUGAAGAAAAAGAAAGGGGUUAUGAAUCCUUCAGAUCCAGCGUUGCCUUACUUCUCGUCAGUCAAGCCCAUCACAGCCCCUGUCCGGACAGCUAUGCCUGGCUCCUCAUUCCUGCUGGACAAGUACUAUGGGGACAUCCCUACGUUCCCUCUGUCACAGAGCAUGAUGCCGGUCAGCCCGUCCUCCAUCUCCUAUAAGGCCCUGCUGGCCAAUCUCCCCAUGCAGAUGCAUCCUAGGAAGAACAAGAAGGCCGUGGAGAGCGAGGCCGAGGAGAAGGUGGAGCGUCGCAUCAGUGUCCGCACGACGGAGUACGCCUUCCGCUACAAGCAGAUCGUGGUGAAGAAGUGUGAUGGCUACACACAGAUCUGGCUGAAUACUCACACAGCUCUUAAGAAUGCUAUUGAUCCACAGGUUGUCCAUGAGAUUGUGUCCGCCCUCAACUCCGCCAAAUAUGAUGACAGCAACCUGGUGAUGCUGAGCAGCAUCGGCAAUGUCUUCUGUUCCGGCAUUGAUCUCAACUUCCUCACGACCGGGGACCGGAGAAUUGCAGCUAGGCAGAUGGUGGAUGCUGUCAGAGAUCUGAUUAAGACGUUCAUCACGUUCCCGAAGCCGAUCGUGGCAGCUGUUCCUGGCCCAGCUAUAGGCCUGGGCAUGGCCAUCCUACCUCUCUGUGAUGUAAUCUAUGCUAGUGACAAGGCACUCUUCUACCUCCCCUACUCCCAACUGUCUCAGACACCGGAGGGAUGCAUAUCAUUCACACUACCUCUUGCUGUUGGACUUGCCGUGAGUAAUGAGCUGCUGUUUGCUGGCCGGAAGAUCACUGCAAUGGAGGCGUACCAGCUGGGUCUGGUGUCGCAGGUGUUCUGGCCGACCAGUGUGAUGCAGGAGGUCAUACCCCGGGUCCAACACAUGUCCAUGUACUCCGCCAAGGCGAUGGAAGCAACAAAACUCCUGAUUCGCAGUCACCACCGCACUAAGCUGGAACUGACCAAUGAGACAGAGUGUAACUUACUGCUGGAGAGAUGGAGCACAGUUGAAUGUCACCGCGCUAUCGAGACAUACCUCAGCGAUGAGAAGAACUUCCUCCUAUAACUCCCUCACUAACACAUUGCCUUCAUCGAACUCUCACCGCACUAUCGAGACAUACCUCAACAAUGAGAAGAACUUCCUCCUAUAACUCCCUCACUAACUCAUUGCCUUCGUCGAACUCUCACCACACUAUCGAGUCAUACCUCAGCGAUGAGAAGAACUUCCUCCUAAAACUCCCUCACUAACUCAUUACCUCCAUCAAACUCUCACCACACUGUCUAGACAUACCUCAACAAUGAGAAGAACUUCCUCCUAUAACUCCCUCACUAACACAUUGCCUUCGUCAAACUCUCACCUCACUAUCAUACCUCAGUGAUCUUCCUCCCUCACUAUCUCAUCAUACUCAGGUAAACAAAAUGGCCAUGUUGUCGUUCUUCACACAGAUCCCAAUGGGCAGCCAAAUCACCAUUAGAAGCAAUACUCCCAAGGGAUUUACCUGAGCUUUCUAGUUGUGACUCCAGGGGACUCUCAGUUAUAGUUUUGGGGGUCCUGGGCAUGGCUGUGACCUACUUGAUGUCAACAGGAGGCGACAUGUGUCACACACUUACAUGAACUUUAGUGAUGUCAUGGCGUUUGGCAUGGUGAUAUCCUUGAUGGGAAACUUGGUGAUUUAGUGAAGAAACGGACAUGGACAGACUUAUCUUCUGUUGCAUUAUAUUUUCAGUAAGAAAUAUCAGGUAAUGUUAUCAUGCAUGAUGCUAAUAACGAAGUUUUAAUGAUUCGUACAGCCUUUUGCAUCCUCGCUGUAUUCAUUUGUCAGAUCAAACAAUAACUAUUUCGUGCUGGGGUCUGUGAAGUGUGAGUGUUGCUAUGGGGACUGAUAGGGUGCAAGUGUUAAGUCAUCUUGAGAUGUAUGUAGCAUCCUCAUUUCACCGCAGGCCUCAAAGUUUAUUCUUGUCAUUAGGAGCCAUUGGUUCCUAGCAAUUGUUGUCAGGGAGCCAUGUGACGUUUAAGAAGCCAGGUGAAAAAUGAAGAAGCCAAAUUUCAGUGUCAGUAAUGUAUGAUGCUGUUACAGCAUACCUAAUCUGCCUAACUGCAGCAAUACUGAUUCCUACGUUUUGUGUAACAACCUUUGUUGUUAUUUACAUAGUUGUAAAUACUAGACAAGAUUAUUGAUUAAUUUUUACCUCAUAAUUCCCAGUUGAUUUUUAGGUUUUUUAAAAUGAAAUAUUUGUUCAGCCAAUCAGCAUUUAUCAAUGUAUUGUAUUUCCUGUACUAUACAGUUAGUUAUAUCAGGUCGCCAGCUUGAUCUUUCGAAGUAGCCAAGUGGAGACUGCUUCAAAAUAUUGGUCGCCAAGUGGAAAUUUCAAUCACCAUGGCGACUAAGUUGCAACUUUGAGGCCUGCACAGCUGGACCAUUUACCUUUAACCCUUGUGGCAAAGGUCACACUAGGUCAUGGGAGACACGCGAGGUCAUUGUGGGGUUGUGGUCACGAUGACUGUAGAGGGCAGCUAGUACUUGGUCAGUUGACCACGAGAAAGACCCUACUCUUUUGUUGCCUUGGGCCCUUUUUCACAAAGCAAUUGAGUACUAUGAUCAUAACUGUUAGAGAUCGUCAUUGACCUACACCUAGGUUGGCAGAUGUAGAUCAUCAUGUGACCUUCAUGUCAAAUGGAUUUCCUUUUUGGCACAUGACGCCUGUGAAAUAACUACCAGUAUGUUUCCUUAUGUAAAUGCACGUCACAAGUCAUAUGUCUAGGUAAAUGUUGAAAUUUCCUGUGAAUUUGUUACACAGAGCCCAGAGCCAAGCCAAUUUAUGCAUAAAGCGGUUUUAUAUUAGAACUCUUUUUCACUUCCUACAAAAAGCAAGCCAUCCAUUGUGAUGGUCUUAAUCUCAUGCUUGGGAUCAAAGUGUCACACAUCUUCUACAGCUCACUGCUUUUUGGAAAAUGUUGAGUUUUCAUGCAGAUGGUUUUUCAGCUCCGGUUGAUGUGGGUUGAGUACUUUGACCAGCCACAUUUCAGCUGUUUGUGUGGAAGGAGUUAUGUGUAGAAAAAAUAUGUGAUGCAGAAAAUAGCAUAAUAGUGGAAGCCUCAGUUUUAGAAUCAAUGAGUGCUUGGUUCAACUAGAACAUUUUUGUGAAAUAGGGCCCAAGGCUAAUUAGGUCAUACCAGUCUCAUUAAAAUAAAAAACAUUUUCCUCCAAGAUGAUACCUCUCUGCGUGAAAAUCAGAGACACCUCUCUAGGAGCACGCGUCAGGUGACCUUUCUGAUCAGCCAAUCAGUUUUGAGGCUUCUAAAGCAUUCAGACAAGCAUAUCGGAUUUCUGUAUCUCAAAAACAAGCUAAAACAACAAGUUCUGAAAGUAAAUCAACAAGGCUGUGCCGUUAUUCUUGUAAAUGUUAUCUUUCUAAAAUAUUAAUCAAGAUUUCUGAAUCAAGAAGGUAAAGAAAUGAAGCCGAUUCAUUUUUGAAACCUGACAUCUGUUUAGCUCAGGAACCCAAAUAUCCUUCUUUAGAUCAGAUGGUCAGAGUUCACUCAGGGUUCAACUGAUGGGACCUUCAAUGGAGGUAUAACGAGAUCAUAACACACAGAGGUAUCACAUUGGAGUAACAGAUCAGAUUGUAAUGAUAUAAUGUUCAUCCUACCAGAGUGGUAAUGGUUGAUCAUCAUACUCACGGCUUGCUUCGUGUAGAACCAAACACAUUACAGUCCACCAUGAUGUAAAUGGUAGAUAUCUGACAGUCAUAAGACCUUUAGUUCAAAUAUUUUGGAGAAAGGUUUUGAAAAUGUUUGUGUUUUUCAAUUUUUAUUGUUUUAAUUUAUGUUUGUUAGACUGGUAAACUCAAAUUACGCAACAGACUGUACAAUGCUGUUGAGUUGAGUGAAAGUAAUAUCCUGUCUGUAUUGUAGUCUCAUUAAAAUCAGAUCUUCUCCGAGGAUGCGACAUCUUUAAGUGAAUAUCUGAUGAUGCCUGUUUAGAAGGUUGUGGCAGGUGAACUUUCUAAUAAGCCAGUGUCAAGCAUUCUAAAUUCUUGGUUCGAAUGAGCAAAGCCUUCAGACAAAAAAUAUCUGAUUUCUGUAUCAAAAAUGAAUAUGAUCAUGAAGUUCCGAAUACAAAAAAUAAAGGUAUUGUUGUAUAUAUUUUAUACAUUGUCGUUCAUGACUUCAAAGGCAUCUACACCAUAAAAGGUGUACUAUUUUUAUGUUUUGUUGCUAAAAUUGAAAUUUCCAAAUCAAGGUGGUGAAAAAAAGAAGUUGAAUAGUUUUAGAAGGUUAACAUCUGUUUUGUUCAGGAACCCAUGCAACCUUCAUUUAGACUGGGCAGUGAAGUUUGUUCGGGGUUCACCUUACUACUUCUAUAGAGGUAUCUUCAGAUCCAACAGGGGCGGUCAGGUAGCCUAGUGGUUAAAGCGUUCGCUCGUCACGACGAAGACCUGGGUUCGAUUCCUGACAUGGGUACAAUGUGUGAAGCCCAUUUCUGGUGUCCCCCGCCAUGAUAUUGCUCGAAUAUUGCUAAAAGCGGCGUAAAACCAUACUCACUCACUCAGAUCCCACAGAGGGGUACCAUCUCGGAGUAAAAGAUCUGAUUUGAACGAGAGUGUCUGUACUGCAAUUGUUGAUAGAUUUUAUGCACAAAUGUACAUAGAAAAUUCCUAAAGCUUUCCUAACAUUAUGGUCCCAGGGUUGAUUGUGGACAGGCAGGUUUUAGUGUUCCCAGGUCUCAUACAGUGUCUUCACACAACUUGUACAGAUUACAUUCAUUGUAUGUAGCUAAGCUAUUUAUUACAUUAGUGGAAUGUAGAGAUUGGUGCAUAACAGAAUAGUCCAUUUUACAUCUGUAUCUUUUUGGCAUCGUAUUAUAACCCUUUUUUCAUGAACAGCAAUUGUAUAAAUCAAUUCACUGUAUAGACAUUCUAGAUGUAGCAUUUGUAAAUAUCCAAAUGUUAUUGAGGACUUCAUUAGAAAACACCUUCCCAUUGAACAAGAAUUUGUUUGCUCGAGAAAUAGGCAUGUCAUUUUAUCAUAAUUUUAUGACUUACGAAUUGUUUUAUGCAUUGAUAUUUCCUUGUGAAUAAGGAAUCAUCAUAAAUUAAUUUUACCAAAUAUUAAUUCUUUCUAUAUGUGUGGCUAUAGCACACAUACUUGUAUUGUACAUUUGAAGUUGGCAGUCUGUUUUCGAUUAGCAGGAUAAGUCUGCCUUAACCAGUUGGUACUCCUACAACAGGGAUGUUGUCUCCUCAGUGUUUAACCAUGGCAGCUACACAGCAAAACGCACAUAGCAGUCAAACAGAUUUCAUUAUUUUUUUCUCCUGAUAGAGUGACAGCUACUGACAAGGUGCUCAUUUCAAUUCAUAUAGUCUCCACACUAUGACCAUGACUUCCCUGUUCCAGCCCAUAAUGAUGUGAACCACUUUUCAAUUGCAUGUCAGUUUCAGGCAGCUUUUUUUGAAGUUCACUGAACAAAUAUUUGAUUUUUGAAAAUUUCAUUUAAUGGUCUGUAUAAUUGUAUAUUUAAGGGCCUUUUGUAUUGUCGACACAAAUUUGCAGCUCAAAUAUGCUUCCUUUUCAUGUAUUAAGGGUCAAAAUUAAACCUGAAACUUAAUACGUCCUUGUUAUGACUCUAAUAUUAAAUGUUUAAAAUUUAAGGGGUCCCUUCAUUUAAUAUUCAAAUAUCAUAGAAGACCUGGGGCGGUCGGGUAGCCUAGUGGUUGAAACGUUCGCUCAUCACACCGAAGACCUGGGUUCGAUUCCCGCCAUGGGUACAAUGUGUGAAGCCCAUUUCUGAUGUCCCCCUGCCGUGAUAAUGCUAGAAUAUUGCUAAAAGCGGUGUAAAAACAAACUCACUCACUCAUAGAAAACCUCGAGGACAGCUUGACCCACUGUUAUUUUAAACACUGGUAUUGACAUUCUGAGUGAACCAUUUCUCCACAUUUUCAGUCUUCUAACAAUAUUUAGAUGUUCCCAAUAGUUUAAUGGCUGUUUAAUGGGGUCUGGUCAGUCAUGCUGUAAACGAUUUGUGUGUCUGGGUUUUACAAGUAACAGUUGGUGAUAUGUAGGCUGUAAAAUAGCAAUGGUUUGUGUUUGAAAUAUUUUUUGGAUGAUAUACAGUCAAGUGGGCUUUUUGGGUUUCAAAUGUAAACAAGUGCAACAUGUGUUUAAGUGGUUGAAUAUUUUUUCUCUAUAUUGAAGUAUGUUGAGAAUGUUUUACAGGUUGAUGAACAAGAAAUAGUUCAUUUCUAACCUAAUAUCUGCAUGGUAAUCACUUGUAAGGCGGCCAAGUGUAGCACUGAAUCUGUUUAGACAAUAAAUACUGUUAGGGUGCACCUGUUGCAUGAUGGACACGAAACGACUUCAAGACAAAUCAAUUUGUAAAUAAAUGUUGAUAGUCAUGAUAGUGUAGUGUUCAUCUUGUUCUUAAUAUGAAUCUCAUUGUCUCAACAUAAUGGGAACUCAUUUUGCAUGCCAAAUGAAAUGCUGCCUUUAUAUAUUUUAUCCAUUAGGAGCUGGUGCAAAUAAGUUUGGACUUGUGUUGAAUAUCACACAAAAUAAGCGUAGUGCUGUAACAAUGUUAAGGAGUACGAUAAGGCAAACCUUUUGUAUUGCCAGGGUUGUUUACUGUGAUAUGUCCAUUUUAGUUCCUAAAUCACAGAAUAAGUAAUAAAAGCAAGGACAUCCUCAUUGAUGCAGGGUAUAAUUUCUCCAUGCUAACUACCCAGGACCCAUUCACCACCAUCACUUCAUUUGGAAUCCCGUUCUAACAGGCCUCUGAAAAUAGCUAUCCAAUCAUUUCACUUAGUCCAAAGUAUUUUGGUCUUUUAUUAUUGUAUAAGUUGCCUUACAAAACUGACCCACAUAUAAGAACUGAAAUUAGAAAAUAAUAAAAUGACAAAUGGGGAGAUGUGUAUGGUCCCAGGAAAAUAUAAUAAAUGUGAUUUAUAGCUGUUUAGUACAGCAAAACAAUACUACUACCAUUUACAAACUAGUGACUUCAGCAGCUUUUUUCAAGCCAGCAAACAACCCUCACACACUGGAUGAAGUUUAUCUGCAUGUUAAUUUGGAUGUUGAAUUAGUAUUUUUUAUUAUUAUUUUCGACCACAAUCAUUUGCCAUAAAGAUGGAGAUAUAUGUGAUACACUGGAUAAUUGAAGAUGUUUCUUUGGUUUUACAAAAACUCAGUUUUCAAAAUGUUCUUGAAGGUUAACUACCGGUAAUGAUUUUAUGUUUUUAAUAUGUGUGUCAUUAUCUCGGGUCCCACACUGUGACCGGAUGGUGAUUAUCAUCUUUGAAAGAAUUGGUUGGGAAGUUCAAAAUUUUGUGGAUAUCCUUUAUGCUCACAAAUGUAAAGGUAUAUCUUCUUCAUUAAUCUGUUGGGUAUGCUGUCAUUGGGACAAGUUUCUCAUAUUUCUAUGGGCGCAGUGUUUUAAAAAUGUUUUAGAACAAUUGAAUUUAUCUCAAAACAUGAUUUUUAUGAUGAAUCUCAGUAAUAUUCAUUGUAAUCUGUUGUUUAUAUCAGAUUUAAUUUUAAAACAGAAAGACAGUUGAAAGGGUUUUUAGUUUUAUUCCCUUAGCUAUUCCCAAGUCUUACCAAGUCACUUGACACUCCUUGAUUGUUAACUAGUUGUAUACCAGAUAGUACAUGUUGGUAAAUGCUGGGCCACUCCCCGUCGUGAUGCUUGGUACAAUGUACAUACAGUUUUGACGAUAAUCUUAUUAAUCUAAUAAGGUUUUACUAUUACAGAAUAGUCUUGUUUAAGAUUUGUAUGCACAAUAAUCUGUGCGAAUUAUUUCUUAUAUUGGAAACUUUGAAAAUAGAUUCCCAAAUAUUGGUAAUUUGGAGGAAAAAAGAGUGCUUGUAAAAACAAUAAGAUCUGAGGAAGUUAGUCCUGACUCUAAUUAUAGAUAAAUAUGUAAUUGUGUUUUAUAGGUCUAUGGGCUUUUGUUCCAUAGUAUAUAGGAAUGAUGCAUAUUUUCUAUGUGGCCAAUAGGGUUAAAGUGUACAUUUGUCAGACCAAACAGUGAUUUGAUUCCCAAUAUAGAUACAGUGUGUGAAGUUCAGUCUUUAUUUUCCCAAUGGGAGUAUACAAAAAGCAGCGCACAACUCCACUCAUUCACUCUGUGGGGUUGAUGAGCUCCCCUGACAGAUGGAAUGUCCUUGGUCACUGAGCAAGGUACAGGGUCUUGUUUUGUCAGUAUUUCAUAUGAUCGAGCUAAACCUUACAAUGGGCACAAAUGUUGCGGCCAUAAAAUUUCCAUUUGGACAUCAGACUUUAGAAUCCGAAGGUGAACACCUUGUCCAUAUGUCCAAAGAGGUAACCCCAUCUGUCAUGUAAGGAUGUCAUCUGUAGUUUUUUCAACUCUGCUACAUAGACAGUAAGCUUAAAAGAUCAAUAAUGACAGGUGUUUGAGAACCUAAAUUGAACAGAUAUACAAGCCAGCUGUAUUCUGUUAUGAGAUUUAUCUGCAGUGGGGACCAUGGGUGGUCCAAUUGUCCAAGAUGCUGGAAAUUGCUGUGCAGAGUUGCAUCCUUAGCCAUGCCAGAAUCCGAUGAUCAUGGUUUUCAAAUCCUGAUUAUGAUUCUUGAUUUGUCAGCACCAUCCUGCACAUGUGGGUUUCACCAAAGUGGUAAACAUCGACCAGAACCUUUGGCUCUCCUCCACUUUAAGCUGACAAGCCAUGAUGAAGCUGAAAGAUAUCCACUCACGUCUGAUGUAUGUAUCACACAUUGUCCCAUGUUAUAAUACAGCCUGUGACUGCCUGAGCAUAUGUAAAUAAGCUGUAAUGCAUAUCAGUAGAUGACUAUGGUGCUACAGUCAUAGCUUGAUGCUCCCUUGUACAUAGUUGUAAGCCUCUGCUUCGUGUUCAUGCCAUGUGUGUUCUAGGUGCCCAUUGUAGUUUAAAUUUUCUCUUUGGAUGGGUGCAAUGGCUACUAGGUUCCUUGAACACCGUUUGUUAAAGAUGUCUGGUUUUCCUCUGAAAUCACCAAGUUCAGUUCUAGCUUUUCAUUUGUCAUACAUGUACAGUCUGAAGUGUUUAGGACUUACAUUACCAUGGUCGAAAAUGAAAGGACAUUCUUGCAUUUGCAAUGUUACAAGACAGGGGAAAACUGAAAACUGUUCUGUUAUUAAAAUUUAAUCACACCAUUCCAUUACUCAGCUUCUGAAAAGUCAAUGAACCAUGGCCAUUAAGAAUUAUUUGUAGUUUUUUUUGCUGUCAAAGUUUUUUAUAAAGACUAUUAGAGAGUAUAUCAUAUUCAUGAAAGUCACAAGAACUCCAAGUCAGAUCAUCUAAUAUACAGUUACUGAAUGAAAGUAUUGUAACAAUAAGAGAACCUGUUCUUAGGCAAAUCCCGAAUCGAAUACUGCUGGAGUCGAUGACCUCUAAAUUUUAUUGUGUUGAGGAUAGACCAUCUUGAUAGGACAUUAUUGCAGAGAUUCUGAUACUGAAAAAUUACGUCCAUCCUUUGCGAUUGUUUCCCACUGUUUCAUGACAUGAAUUACAACAGUGUAUUGACUGGCAUCCUUUCAUGACUGAUCUGUAGCCAAACUGGUCUUCUACAAAUACACUGUGAGUUGAUUGUUAUAUAGAAGUCCUAUCUAAUUUAUUGCCACUCCAUACUAUCCUUGUAUACUUUCUGUUGUAAAUAAAAUGGAUGUCAGAAAAAUUCA